CAUUAGAUGAUUAGAGCUUCAUACGAUGUAUCGAAAAAACGAAAUCGACAUGCAGAAUCUGUCAGCCAUAGCCGUCAGCCUUUCUUCCCUCAGAGGGAAAUUGAAGUAUAUAGUCAUCGACUAGAGAAUGGACCCGGAAGCUCAAACCAUCUUUGUUCUUCAGACCUCGAGAGAUAUCGAAUAUAAUCAUUCGAAAAACUUGAACCACCACCAUGACGACUUUCACUAAGAUCCAUCAUCACAAAUCUUACCCCGCAAUUGAUCCCACAUCGUCUGCAAACUCCCAGAAAGGUCGCACAGUCCUCAUCACCGGAUCUUCCGCUGGAAUUGGCUUCGAGAUUGCUCGUGCCUUUAUCAGCGCCUCAGCUUCUCGGGUCAUAAUUCUUGGUCGACGACAGGACGUACUCGAUGCCGCUGUCUCGAAUCUCGAAUCUUGGAAGCCUGCUUCUUCGGCCACUAUCAUCACUCCUUUCCGUUGUGAUAUUAGUCAUGAAAUAGAGAUCAAAGAGCUCUGGGAGAAACUAGAGAGAGAAGACAUUGAAGUUGACGGCCUGAUUCUGAACGCAGCCAAGACUGGGCCUUUGGGUGCUACUGCUGAUUGGAAAAAAGUGUGGGAAUAUUUCGAGAUGAAUGUACUUGCGAAUCUGCAAAUGGCUCAAAUGUUUCUUGCGCAAGGACCAGAAAAAGGGAAAGCAAUCGUAAAUGUCUCAACUGCUGCAGUCCACGUCAAUCCAGUGGGAGAUCACGGUGUUUAUGCAUCAUCCAAAGCAAGCUUCACUCACUUGCUUCAAGUCCUAGCUGAUGAGGUGGAUGUUGAAUGUUGUCAGAUCCUCAGCUAUCAUCCAGGGCGGAUCCUUACGGAAAGUGCAAAAGAGGCAGGAUUUACGGAAGAAAGUUUUUCAUGGGACAGUGUUGAGUUGCCAGCAGCGUGGUGUGUGUGGGCAUCCACCAAACAAGCAUCAUAUCUUCACGGAAGAUACCUGUGGACUAAUUGGGACGUGGAUGAACUGUUCGAGAUGAAGGAAAGACUUGAGGACCAAGGCUUUUUGAAGUUGGGCUUGCAGGGAGUGGAUUCUCUUUCUCAUGACGCACUUUUCUCAUGACGCACUUUUCGGGAAGAUUUGAGGUUGUCUAGCUUUGUAGUUUGUAUAU